UUUGAUUUGAAAGGUUAUUAGGUCGCGGCAGUGAGUCCGGUGUUUGAUGUUGCGUUCCUGUCACCAGAAGGACAGAUAAGGGGAUUCUGCACAUACCUGUUGGCCCCGCCCCCAGUGUAUACAUAGCAGCCUGGACACUUGGAGACACACACACAUGCUUACACCUGCUGACUUUCAAGAUGAGUCAAAUUGAGCGCAGCAGCAAGACACUGUGAGCGUCAUUCGUCUUCUAAACCUGAAGUGCUUCCUCUUCAGUGAACAGUUUACAGGAUCUAGAUGGAUGCAGCACUCAUGGUGUCUGUGUCUCUGCUUGGACUGGCUGUUGUCCUGCUCUCCUUGCCUGAGCAUGCUUCACUGAACAGUGUAUUUGACAACACCUCAGAAACUGUGUAUCUGGGUUCUGUAUAUGUUGACGAGGCUCUUCAGAGGGCGACUGAGCUGACUGAUGCUGCUUAUGCUCGCACGAGUGAAAGAGUGACAAAGUCUUUGUCCGAAGGCGCUCUGAGACCCAGUGACCUGCUGGCUCAGUUUAAACAGACUGAAGCCAGAACCAGAGCUCAGAUCCGGGCUGCUGAACUGCUGGACAACACAGUGGAGCUGAUCAGAGAGAUGGUCUACACCAACACUAUGACGCAGCCCAAGCCAUACGAGCUGCUGAGUGGAGCAGAUGUGGAGAAUCUGCUGCAGGUGACGGGCUGCUCUGCUGAGCUGCAGACACCCAGCUGUCAGACAGGCUGUCUGUCUGAGCGCUACAGAUCCAUCACAGGCGAGUGCAACAACAGACAACAUCCACGGUGGGGUGCUGCAAACAUCCCGUAUUCCCGCUGGUUGCCUCCAGAGUACGAGGACGUGUGGGGGAUGCCUAGAGGCUGGGAGCCCAAACACACCUACCACAACUUCAGCCUGCCUCCUGUGCGGCUCGUGUCGCAGGAAGUGCUGUUCACUCACAAUGACAACAUCUCUGUGGACUCCACUCUGUCCCAUCUGCUGGUGGACUGGGGUCAGUGGAUCGACCACGACGUGGUGCUGACGCCUCAGAGCCCCAGUAGAGCCACAUUCAAGACCGGAGCUGACUGCACCCACACCUGCAGCCGAGACACACCCUGCUUCCCCAUACAGAUCCCACUUUCUGAUCCUCGCCAUGGCAUCCAGAGUUGUAUGCCUUUUUUCCGCUCUGCUCCCAGCUGUGGUGCUGGAGUUCUGCCUCAUCGCCACAGGGAGCAGCUCAACGCCAUCACCUCGUUUGUAGAUGCCAGCAUGGUGUACGGAAGCACCAACAGUCUGGCCUCCGUUCUUAGAAACAACUCGUCCCCUCUGGGAUCGAUGGCUCUCAACCCCCAGCACUCAGACCAGGAUCUGGCCUACAUGCCCUUCCUGCCUCGCCUGCAGGCUCACCUGGACCCUUGCGGUCCUCGCAACUCCACCACCUUGCAGGCAUCAGACAGAUCUGUGCACCGAGACAACACCACUUCCUGCUUUCAAGCUGGUGAUUCGAGAGCCAAUGAACAUUUGGGACUGAUCGCGCUGCACACGCUCUUCCUGAGAGAACACAACCGACUGGUCAAAGAGCUGCACCUUCUCAACCUUCACUGGAGUCCUGAGACUCUCUAUCAAGAGGCCCGCAAGAUCAUAGGAGCCAUUCAUCAGAUCCUAACAUGGGAACACUACCUGCCGCGGAUCCUUGGUGAGAGUGCCAUGUCUCUUCUGAUGCCUCCCUAUCAGGGUUAUGAUCCCGAUGUGGAUCCCAGCAUUGCUAACAUAUUUGCAACUGCUGCAUUUCGUUUUGCCCACGUCACGGUGCAGCCAGUGGUGACCCGGCUGGGCCCAGGAUACACCAUGAACUCCCAGUAUCCCCCACUGCCACUGCAUCAUUCACUCUUUGCCUCUUGGAGGGUUGUGCAGGAAGGGGGGAUAGACCCUGUGCUGCGUGGUCUGUUGCUGUCUCCAGCUAAGCUGCAGACUGCAGGUCAGAUGAUGGUGGAGGAGCUGACGGAGAGGCUAUUUCAGGCACAGGGAGGGAUGCCGCUGGAUCUCGGGGCCCUUAACCUCCAGAGGGGUCGGGAUCAUGGCCUGCCAGGAUACGCUUCUUGGCGAAGGUUCUGUGGCCUUCCUGUUCCCACCAAUACAUCCGAACUGGCUGAAAUUCUUGGCAACUUCACUCUAGCUCACAAAUUCCGACGUUUGUACGGGACUCCAUACAACAUCGAUGUGUGGGUGGGAGCCAUCUCUGAGCCUGCUCUGCCUGGAGGCCGAGUCGGGCCGCUGCUGUCCUGCCUGCUGGCCCGACAGUUCAGAGCACUGAGAGACGGAGACAGGUUCUGGUGGGAGCGGGAAGGAGUGUUCACCAGCACCCAGAGGAGAAACCUGCACGGCGUCUCUCUGUCCCGCAUCAUUUGUGACAACAGCCACAUCACCCACGUCCCUGCCGACCCGUUCUCACGAACAGAGAGUCCAGAGGACAUGCUGGCCUGUUCCCACCCGCUCAUCCCCCACCUCGACCUCAGCCCCUGGAAAGAACCAGACUCAGAUCCCAGCUGCGGUCCGAUACCCAGGAUUCAGUCCGGCUACUCCGUGCUCUGUAACUCCGUGAUUCUUUAUCAGUGUGCCUCAGGCUUCAAGCUGCUGGGCUCUUCGUCUGUCAAGUGUGAUUCAAACAGUCAGCAGUGGAGCCCUGCGCCCCCAACAUGUCAAGAUAUCAAUGAAUGUGAAGAAUUGAUUUCUCCUUGUCCACAACAGUGUCUCAACAUACCAGGUUCCUUUAUUUGCUCAGAGUCCUCUUCGCUGUCUGCUGUCUCUGUUGUCACUGCCGUGAUCGUGGUGAUUGGUGGUGUUGCUGUGCUGGUGAUGAUCAUGAUCUGUUAUCGAAGAUAUUUCCCCAAGACAGAAGAGUUGGUCACCGCGGAAUGUUGCCAGGGGAAAAGUUAAUCACACCAGUUAAGUCAACUUUUCUUGUAAUGUUCUUGUUCUAUGAAAGUUAUCUUAAUGUCUUUUUAUUGUAUUUAACUGACUGUAACAGUAGAAUUUUUGUGAUGUUAAUUUAUAAGAACUAUAUUACGCUAAGGCUGAACAACUCAAUGUUACAUAACUGCUGCUGUUGUUGACCGCUGAUGAAGACAACUAGACUGUUUCUACAUAUAGACCAUGACUUGAUCACGUGCAAUCAUGUUUUGCCUCCUAACUACACGUUACAACAGCAGCCAGGCUGAUUCAUAAACCCCAAGUCAAACUAUUUAUUAAGGUCUCUGGUGUUGUGUACAAAGAGGCCAUGAAAACAGAAGCUUACAGAAGUUUUUUCAAUCCGGAAACUAAAAUCUUACUGGAAUGUCUGCUCCAAAAACAGAUUUUCAGACUAUAAAGCCCCUCUGAGCAGGACACGGUCUCAGUAUUUCCUCUGUAUCCUUGUACCUGCUUCCUGCUUACAAACCUGUUAGGCAACUGUGGGUGUGUGUCAGAGUGUUUUGUGUCGGGGUAACCAGGCAGUUCCUGGCAAUGACCUUAUUCUAAAACCAAAUCAGGGACCGGCCCUGAGUGAAACAAAUCUCUGUGUCACCUGGUUGAAAUUAGUAACACUGAUGAAUCACCUUUCUCAAACUCAAGUCCAGGUGUCAAAGCCAAACCAGCUUAACUACCAAUAGCUGUCAGGUUUUGUACAAUCAAGACCUAUAAAUGACACACGGUACAAAGGUGAUAGUCAGGCUACAAUGCCUUGUGUUUAAUGGAGCGUUUACAGUUAAUUAUCAGUACACUGACAUUAUGAACCUCAAAGCCUUUAAUAAGGCUGAGAAGCAGUUAUUGCACUUUCUGUCAAUAUUCUUCAUUUUCACCUUCAAAAGAGUUUGUUGUAAAAAAUUGGCCAUUAAUAAUAACAAAUCUAGACUAUGAGGUACAACAAGUAUACACUGUGUAAUAUGGCUAUGGUUUGCAUUCAUGCAAAGUCAUGUAUGGCUUUUACUCUAUGUACAUACUGUUCAUUGUAGACGUGCAAAACUACAGUUGAAACAUGUAAUCACUUGCAUUAAAGCUCCAUUUUUCUGUCUA